AUGUCGGCAAUUCUUAAACAGAGAGUCAGAUAUGCUCCUUAUUUGAAGAAGCUCAGAACACCACAGGAAUGUAUUCCUCUCUUCUCCAAUGGCCAGUACCUUGGCUGGUCUGGAUUUACCGGUGUGGGAGCACCAAAGGUGAUUCCAACAGCUUUGGCAGAUCAUGUCGAAAAGAACAACUUACAGGGUAAACUUGGAUUCAAUUUGUUUGUUGGUGCAUCGGCAGGACCAGAAGAAUCCAGAUGGGCAGAUUUAGAUAUGAUUCAUCGUAGAGCUCCUCAUCAGGUUGGUAAACCAAUUUCAAGGGCAAUCAAUGAUAAUAGAACGUUAUUUUUCGAUAAACAUUUGUCCAUGUUCCCACAAGAUUUGACCUAUGGUUAUUACACCAGAGAAAAGUCUAAUGACUUGUUGGAUUACACAAUCAUUGAAGCAACAGCAAUAACUGAGGAUGGUUCCAUUGUUCCAGGUCCUGCCGUUGGUGGAUCUCCUGAAAUGAUUUCAGUCUCUGACAAGAUUAUUAUUGAAGUCAAUACUGCCACCCCUUCAUUUGAAGGUUUACAUGAUAUUGACAUGCCUGUAAACCCACCAUUUAGACAACCUUAUCCUUACACCUCGGUUGACCAAAGAAAUGGUUUGACUGCAAUUCCUAUUGAUCCUUCCAAAGUUGUUGCAAUUGUCGAGUCAACAACACCAGAUCAAGUUCCAAAUCCAACUCCUCCAGAUGAAAUGUCCAAGAAGAUUGCAGGCCAUUUAAUUGAAUUCUUUGAAGAAGAAGUUAAGCAUGGUAGAUUGCCAGAAAAUUUGCAUCCAUUACAAUCUGGUAUUGGUAAUGUUGCCAAUGCAAUUAUUGAAGGGUUGGAACAAUCAUCAUUUAAAAACUUGACUGUUUGGACAGAAGUUAUGCAAGAUUCAUUUUUACCUUAUUUUGAAUCAGGUAAAAUUGAUUUUGCCACUUCAACUUCUAUUAGGUUAUCUCAAGAUGGAUUUAAGAAAUUCUUUGAUAAUUGGGAUUUAUAUUCAAAGAGAAUAUGUUUAAGAUCUCAAGUUGUCUCUAAUUCUCCUGAAAUAAUUAGAAGAUUGGGCGUUAUUGCUAUGAAUACCCCCGUUGAAUUUGACAUUUACGGUCAUGCCAACUCAACAAAUGUCAAUGGUUCAAGAAUGUUGAAUGGUUUAGGUGGUUCAGCAGAUUUCUUGCGUAAUGCCAAGUUGUCUAUUAUGCACACUCCAGCUGCUAGAAAGACAAAGACCGACCCAACGGGUAUUUCCUGUGUCGUGCCAUUCUCAUCUCAUAUUGAUCAAACCGAACAUGACUUGGACGUGUUUGUCACCGACUAUGGUUUGGCAGACUUGAGAGGAUUGGCGCCAAAGGAGAGAGUUCCGUUGAUUAUCAACAAGUGUGCCCACCCUGACUACAAGGACCAGUUGAAUGAAUACUAUGAGAGGGCCCUCUUCCACUGUAAAAAGACAAAGGCAUUGCAUGAACCUCACUCCCUAGUUGACGCAUUCAAGAUGCACAUCAACUUGGAAAGAAAUGGCACCAUGAAGUUAGACUCCUGGGAUGUCAAGUUCUAA